CUAAACAAUGGGCUCCCGUAAAUAAACCCCCCUCUGCCUACAAGACGCGCCACCGAUCUGACCUAUUAAUCACCAGUCACUUGCCUCUCCGUAGCACCAAAACUGCGUCGCGGCCCUCGCUCCCACUAUCGCAAGAAAUGGCCUUCCCUUGGCUUAAACCCCGAAACCAAAACCCUCCGCCAUCAAUCCCCGCCAAACCGAACCCCUUCCUCUUCACAAUCCAAUCUCACCUCAACGCCUUCUCGGAUGCCUCUUCUUCCCUCAAAGCCCACCUCGAUUCCGCCGUCGAAACCCUUCGAAACCGUGCGCGACGGGCCGUCCUAUCUGGCCAUCCCCACUUGCCCUCGCCGCCACCCGGACCGCCCCCACUUCCCUGGGCCCGUAUCUCCCCAGCCGGAUGCAGCGGCGUCCGGCGGUUCGACCUCGCCAUGUCGACGGAGGUCAUGGAGGAGCGGCUCGCCGGGGUGCCCGUUUACGCCCUCAGCAACGCCGCGGAGGAGUUCGUGCUCGUUUCCGGUGUUCGCACUGGGAAGAGCCUGGGACUUUUCUGCUUCAAGAAGGAGGACGCCGAGGCUCUGCUGGAGCAGAUGAGGUCCAUGAAUCGGGACAUGCGGGAAGGGUCGAAGGUGGUCGCCGUUGCCCUCAAUAAGGUUUUUCAGCUUAAGGUUGAUGGAGUUGCCUUCAGAUUUGUGCCAGAUUCAUCACAAGUUGCAAAUGCGAUAAAGGUGAAGGAGAAUGAAGGGGAUCCUGUAGAUGAUUUUCCUGGAGUUCCAGUUUUUCAGUCAAGGAGCUUAGUCUUGAGGAGUCAAAAUAAGAGAUAUCGUCCAGCUUUCUUCAGAAAGGAGGACCUGGAAGACUCACUGUCUAGAGCUUCUCGCCAGCAGAGGCAAUUAAACCCUGCCUUAAGGAAGGGUGACAUUCAGGUUUGUGUAUUGGAGGAUAUCAUCAAAGCUAUGAAGGAAAGCUCUGCUGCAUCGAAGUGGGAUGACAUUGUGUUCAUUCCUCCAGGCUUUAAUGUCUCGACAGAUCUGACUGAAAGUGCACAGGGAUAGAAACGAUUGAGUUUCUGAUUCCGUAGUUUUGCCGAAGAAUGCAUCACCGGAGCAAAGAGGACGUCUGAAAUGUCCACUGCAACAAGGAAUUGUUGAUGGGAGGGUGGAAAAUGGAAAGGCCUCCAAUACCAUCGAAGUCUGAUCUGUUUUCUGAUAUAGACAGCUUUCUUUCUCCAUGCUGCUUGGUGAGAUUAUGUUGAGCAGUGGCAUCUUUUGUCAUUGUUGUGAAUGUUGGUUGAAAACAUGUUUAGGAUACUCGAAUCUUGCAGGAUAUGUUCGUUGACAGUUUGGUGGUGCAGGAUUUUUCCUGCCCGUUGCUCUUGAAAUUGAACCCACCUUAUAAAAGUAUGUUACUUAUGUCGAAUGUUCA